UACAGAAAACAGAUGAGAGAUUGGAUUUGGAUUAGGGUUUCUCAUUAUCCCUAUUCCUAAUCCUCUCUUCAGUAAUUAAUCCAAUUUAUCCUUCACUUCAUCAAUGGCCUCUGUUUGCAUAAACGAUUCUUUGACGGAUGACGAGCUCAGAUGGAUACUAUCCAGGCUGGAUACUGAUAAAGACAAGGAGGUUUUCGGCUUGGUCUGCAAGAGGUGGCUGUACCUGCAGAGCACCGAGAGGAAGAAGCUCGCUGCUCGUGCUGGUCCCCACAUGCUCCGUAAGAUGGCUGCCAGGUUCUCUCGCCUUUUCGACCUCGACCUUUCACAGUCGGUUUCCAGGUCCUUUUAUCCGGGAGUCACGGAUUCUGAUCUCUCUGUUAUUGCUGAUGGCUUUAAGUCCUUAAGGGUUCUUUCUUUGCGUAAUUGCAAAGGUAUUACAGAUUCUGGAAUGGCAUCCAUUGGACAGGGUCUGUCAUCUUUACAAUCAUUGGAUGUGUCUGAUUGCAGAAAGCUAACAGACAAGGGGUUGUCAGCUGUUGCCAAAGGCUGUCAUGAUCUAAAGAGCCUGCAUCUUGCUGGUUGUAGGUUUGUAUCUGAUGGACUGUUACAAGCUCUUUCUAUAAACUGUCGCAAUCUGGAGGAGCUGGGCUUGCGUGGAUGCAUCAACAUAACAGAUUCUGGACUCAGAGAUCUUGUAAGUGGCUGUCGACAGAUUAAAUUUUUAGACAUCAAUAAAUGUAGCAAUAUUGGAGAUUCUGGGAUUUCUAGUGUUUCCAAAGCCUGUGCAUCUUCUCUUAAAACCUUGAAGUUGCUGGAUUGUUACAAAGUUGGAGAUGAGUCUAUAUCAUCCUUGGCCAAAUAUUGCAAAAAUCUUGAAACUCUUAUAAUUGGUGGCUGUCGAGACAUUACUGAUGAGUCCAUAAAAUUAUUGGCCAUGGCCUGUAAUAGUAGUUUGAAGAAUUUGCGAAUGGAUUGGUGCUUAAAGGUUUCUGAUUCUUCUAUAAGUUGCUUGUUCAGUCAGUGUAAGAACCUGGAGGCUCUUGAUAUUGGUUGCUGUGAGGAGGUGACAGAUGCUGCAUUUCUAAGUUUGGUGAAUAGAGAUACAGAGUUGAGAUUGAAGGUUCUGCAGGCAAGCAACUGCCCGAAGAUUACAGUUUCAGGAAUAGGAAUGCUAUUGGAAGGCUGCAGUUCCUUGGAAUUUCUCGACGUGAGAUCCUGUCCACAUGUGACCAAGGCAGGCUGUGAUGAGGCUGGACUGCAUUUUCCUAAAUGGUGUAAGGUGAAUUUUAUGGGUAGUUUAUUAGGAGAGCCAUAUCUUAUAAUGUGAAACCGUAUAUUUAACUGUUCAUUAUGCAUCCUGUAAAAUUUAUCACUGUCAAAAGUUUCAUGUUUUCAUGACCUCUUGGUCCGAUACAUGGGGUACUUGAAUGCUUGGGGGGAAUCUUUUGCUAAGUGCUAUCAUGCUCUUGUACAUGCUAUGUGUUACAUUGGAUUGCUUUCUGCCUAAAAUCUUGCCUGUACUUUAUAUUAUAUAUAAUUUACAUUUCGACUUGUAAUUUGUAUCAUCAUUCAGCAAAUAUUGGUCUCCUGGCAUAUUGCCAGAUUCUGUGCCAAUUCUCAACA